GUGGCGCCACUGGAAAACAAACAUCACCGCCAGUGGUAGUAGGAAUCUGUGUAUAUAUGUAAAUGUAUGUCGCUGUACAUUCUAACCACUAAGUAGCCGCAAAAACUAACAAUUCUUUAUUUAUCUAAAAUAUGCUAAAAUAACUUAUUAGGAGUGUCGAUUAAAGAAUAAUUGAGUAUAAGUAAGAGAAUAAUAGGAAGACAAUAUUAUGGAUUACCGCCAAGUGCCUCCGGUUAUGGAGGAUACUCCUCAGAAGCCAAAGCACGCGUCACAUUCUCUCCCCCCUCGUGCAAAUGCACCAGUAGAUCAUCAUCUGGGUGAUGAAAGCACUUCGUCAGUCGACACAACAAAUGUAUCCAUAGAGAUACCGGAUGAGAAAUCAAUUCCCGCGCAUCAUGUCUUGACACCAUUGAAGGAAAAUGUCGCCAUUUUGUGUGAGAAUAGUCCGUCAAUGGACUUGUUAAUCCGUCGCAUGAAUCGCCUAGGAUUGAAGACUCCAGUUGACGCGAUUAAAUCUAGGAGACCUGGUCUUCUGCUCAACAGGACUAUUGGGACUCAAGAUGUUGUCCAGCAAGAAUCCACUCAUCAAACUCUCAGAAGGACUUUAUUUGAUGAAUCAGUCUCUGAGGAAAAAUCUCAGUCACCAAUAGAAAUUGAAAAUGAUUUGCUAAGUAUUGUUCUUGAGCGAACUCAUAGUCGUUGCAAGCGAUUAUCUGAUCAGUUUUCUUUUUCAGAAUCAUUUUUACCAACAGAUUUAAUUCCCUGGGAUUCCUCGACAGGACAUGAGACCAGUGAGAUGAUGCCUGAGGAUCAGGAUGUUAGUAGUUUACUUGAGAUUGAUUCAAAAGCCGACAAAGAGGCAAAAAAUUCUCAGGUUAAAAUCGGAGUAGAUAAAUUUGAUGUUGAUGAAGGUAAAGAUGUUGAAGAAUGCAAGAUAACAAGCACAUCAGACGAAUCAGCGUCAGCUCAACUCCAGUGUCUUCAAUUAGCAGAAAAUCAUCAGCUUAAUGAAAGUUUCAUCUAUGUAUCUCAAGUAUUUUUGUGUUUACAGCUCUCAAACAAGCAUGCUGCAAAAAAGCAAGCAACCUGCGGUCAAGAAUCUCAAGCUGAGAAAGUUGAGCACCCGUCCAAAGACAACAUGGGAGAAGAUAUAUUACAAAAAGCCAUAGACGAGAAAAUGGGGGCUUUGUUGAAGAAAGAACAACUGACCUUGGUUCGAAAUAGCUUUUUGAAAAGUUUUCAUAAUGAGUGUGCUAAAAUAACUGAUGCAUGGGAUGAAAAGUCUCAAAAUUUAUCAUCUGAAGCUGAAAAAACAGUCAACGAGCCGGCGAUGGAUUCUGACGAUAAAAUAAAAGUCCAGAGUAACUUGGUGGAGCAAGAUUCUGCUGCUAAGAAAGAAAUAAAAGUUCAGGAGGACUUAAGAAAAGAACAUUCAACGUCGUCAAAAAUAAGCUCUGGAGAGAUCAAAGAUUUACAAUGCAUGUCAUCGAGGUCUAGUUGUUCGGACGAAUCGAUGGCUUGUGAUCCUAAAUCUGAUCAUUCAGAAAUCUCCAGUGUCUCAGUCAACUUGGAAAGUUCAAAGUCUUUGAAGAGCAAAGAUUACUCGUCUAUGUCAUCUUUACAAUCGAGCAUUUCCAACGAGUCAGUAGCUGGAACAGUUGCAUCUGAAGCUCGAGACAAUUCUAGUCUUCUGGUAAACAUCGGAAGUCCAGCGCGGCCAAAAAGUUUGAUUGUCAGCAAAAAUGCAUCUUGUUUAUCUCACUCGCAAUUAAGUGACUCCAAUUUAAGUAAAUCUGUUUCUAAUUUAUAUAGUUCAAGCAAUGACGCCAUUCCAGGAUCUAGCAAAGGUCCAGAGUUGUCAGAAUUGGCUUCAGUAAUGGAAUAUGAUCGCAGCAGGCAAUCAAGAACUUCUCCGAGCUACUUUGACGAGUCUUUUGCUCAAUCUCAUCAUCCAGACACUCCAACCACUGAAUUCAAUCAAUUUUCUCCAUCAAAAAUUUUUGAGCAGUUUCAUACCAAGUCUCGUAGCGUCUCACCCAAUAGACGUUACAUCAAUAUUUUCACAACCGAGGAGCAAGAUUAUUCCAACAUUGAGCCGAGAAAUCUCAAUACCCUGGAGGAAGAAAGCCCGAGUCAAUGUUCAACAGAGCGACCUUUUACAUACGAUGAUUACAAGAAAAUAAAUUAUAAUCCUGGAAGACUGUUGAUUGUCGAAGAUGACGAAGACAAGGAUUCAUCAAGCAUGAUUGUUGAACUGAGUUAG